AUGAAAUUUUUAUUUAUUUUAUUAGGUGAAUUAAUUAUUUUUAUUUAUUCAUGGGGUUAUUUUGGUCCUCAACCACCACCACCACCACCACAAAAAAACUUUAUACCAUAUAUACCAAAUAAUAAUUUAGCAUUAGGAUAUCCUACAGCAUAUGGAUUAGGAAAUGGUUUUAUAAACAAAAAUAAUCGAGGUGAUAGUAUUACAAGUGACACACUAACAUCAAAUUCAUUUCCUAUUAGAUGUUCUAAUGGUGGUGCACAUAUAGGUAAUUGCCGUCUUGAUGUUGAUGCUAUUUGUAAAGCAUUAGGUGGUGUUUGUAUUAACUCAGCAUGUUGUACUGUCCCUUUCACUGAAACUAACAAUAAAGAAUAUUCUGGCUCAAUGAUUAAAAAACCACUUUCAAUGGUUGAUAUAGAGAUAAUAAAUGAGAAACCAAAGAUUAAGAAUAAGAAAAAAUCUAUUGAGGAUGAUGAUUAUGAGGAAGAAGAGGAUGAUGAUAAUGAAAAUGAAAGUAUUGAAGAGAAACUUGAUCAAAUAAAAACUAUUGAUUUUGAGAUGAAACAAAAAUUAAUGGAACUUAAAGAAUUAUAUAAAUUAAUUGAUGAAAAUAAGGAAAAAUUAAUGUCACCACCAUCAACGAUAACACCAAAGUUUAACUUAAUUCAAAUUGAUACAUCAAUGAUAUCAAAAACUAUUUGUAAAAGUGGUAUGAAACCAAUAGGUCCAUGUGUUGAUAAUUCAACUUGCCCUAUCAAUUAUACAUGUGAAGAAAAUGCAAUAUGUUGUUUUCAAAUAUAG